AAAAUGGAUUCUACAUCUUUAUUCCCAACAUUUCUAGAUGUGGAUCUGACAGUUUUACAUAUUGAGUGUCUUCCCAAGGAUAUUCUUGUGAAAUUUCAAGGCAAAAAUAAGAGCGAGUGUCAGUUUGACUAUCACAUUUUGCAGAGGGAGAUACAGUACGUCCCCAAAGUGAAGACUAAUGUGGGUGUCGAUGAGUUUUGUCUGGUGGAGGAGAAAGCGAGUGGAGAAUGGCAGAGAGGAAGAGUGGUAGGAAAGAAGAACGGAGUGUACACAGUGCUGCUCAUUGACCGGGGAGAAGAGCUGAAGGUGGAUGGCACUCGGGUAGCUUCAGCUUGUGAAAAGUUAUUUGAGCUCCCUCCCAGAGUCGUAUUCGGCAUUUUUGCCAACAUCCUCCCAGUUGGAGAGAAACGGUCUCCCAAGGCUUUGAAUUAUUUCAAGUCACUAGUAGGAAUACAGCUGAGAGGCAGUAUGCAGACUAUUUUGCCCCUACAAAUGAUUCUUCUCGAGGCGCCCAAAGUUAUAUCUGAGGUUCUUGAAUUACAAUUGGGAAGAUUUGUUGAUUGGGAUACGUUUCGCCUUAUUGCAGAAAUAUUAAAGGAACUCCCCCAGCCAAUGCCAGACUUACUACAACAUAGAAGACCUGAGUCAUCGGUAAGUAGUAACAGUACUUUACUUGAUGUUCAAUAUAUCCUAGAUAAUUUCCAGCCAUCUUUAUCAGUGGGAAGUUUGGACAGCAUCAAAGUGUCAUCUGCACUGAGCCCUGGUAAAUUUUAUUGUCAAUUACUUAGGCGAAUUCCAGAGCUAGAAGACUUGACGGAGUGUAUGAAUUUGCAUUACAACACAGUAGGUCAAGAAUCCAGCACCACUUACGACAAUUUUGGACUCCUGUGUGUUGCUAAAGGAACAAAUGGACAGUGGCAAAGAGGAAUUCUCCAGCAGCUCUUGCCCGAUAAUCAAGUGAAAAUUUGGUUCAUGGAUUAUGGCAGCAGUGAGUCUAUACCCUCAAUUCACAUGAAGAAAUUGAAACAAGAUUUUAUUUUUGCACCAUUAUUUUCCUUUGCAUGUUCUCUGACAUAUUUGCAUUGUCUAGACCCAGAAGUAAGAGAACGACAACUGACCUUGUUUAAGCAAGCCCUGUUAGGACACGUAGUGUAUGCCCACAUUGACUGGUUCAGUGAGGAUGAACAUUUAUAUUAUGUGACUUUACAGUCUCAAGAAUCUGCAAUUAAUUCUAAGUGUCUGCUGAGGACUCUGGGCACAUGAACACUUUGUCCUGCGUCUGAGUGUAACAUUCCCAGUGCCUUGAGUGAGGCAGCCACUCCUGAUCCAGGCAGCUUUGCAGCUGAUGGUUUUCCUGGAAAUGUUCAGCAGUCAGUGGGUAGACUAAGUGAAAAAGAUGACUUAAAAGCAGGUUUUCCUAUUGAAACUGUAACAGUGGAGACGGACUCUACCCACAUAGCGUUUGUAGUGAAUGUAUUGAACCCAUCAAAUUUCUGGGUACGCCUUAGUAAGUAUCAGAACAAAUUCCAAGACAUAAUGGAAACUAUAAAUGAGUUUUAUAAUGCAUCUGAAAAUGAUGAACUGACUCUGAGAAACCCUGAGCCUGGACUACUCUGUUGUGCCAGAUACAGCAAGGACAGAUGUUUCUACCGAGCCGUCAUCACUGAAAGGAAUGAUUAUUGGAUUAAUGUUUACCUCCUGGAUUAUGGAAGUACUGACUCCAUAUCAUUUUUUGAUGCCAAAAUUUUGCUUCCAGAAUUUCGGGAUUUGCCUUCCUUAGCCAUACAUUGUUCACUUGCACAUAUAUCUCCUGCCACAGAUUUAUGGAUACAGGCAGCAACAGAUUAUUUUAAAACAAUCGUUCUGAACAAAGCAAUUUUGCUUCAGGUUAGAGCAAAGAAAGGUGACAAGUACAUGGUGAAUAUUCAGGAUAUUGAAGCUGCUGAAAAUAUGGAUGUUGUCUCUCUGAUGCUACAAGCUGGAUAUGCAGAAUCUGCAGGGGUAGCAUUAGAAGAUCUCCCCAGAUCUGUACGAGACUGUUCAAUGUUAAAAUAUAAAGAUACACUUCAUGAUAAAAAUGUGGCCUCUGCCCCAGUCAAAAGACCCAAGCCUGAAAAGUCGCAUUCUGAGAAGCUGAAAGAAAAUCUCUUAUCUUCACACAGGUUCCUCGAUGUAAAAAUUUCUUUCAACUUGUGGUUUGAAUCGAGCUCAUCACAGCCUUAUAAGGAAUAUGUGUUCAAGCCAGGAAAACUUCUUGAAGUCAACUGUUCUUAUUGCCACGGCCCAGGUGACUUUUCAUGCCAGCUUCUGUGUAGGUUAAGAGAUUUGAAGUUACUGAUGGAACAAAUUCAAGAUUAUUAUAGCAUCCACCCAGAGCCAUAUCAGAUUGGGAAGGUAGCUUGUGUGGCUAAGCAUUCCAGAGAUGGGAAGUGGUACAGGGCUGCCAUCUUGACUCAAGCAUCAGACCAAGAAGUUGAACUGAUAUUUGUUGACUAUGGCAACCAAGAGUGAGUUUUCGUUAAAGAUCUUUGUGCCAUCAACCCACAUUUUCUUGCUUUAGAAGCCCAAGCUUUCAGAUGCUGUCUCAACUAUUUAGUGGAGCCCAUUUCCUGUAAACUAUUAGCCUGGACAGCAGAAGCAUCCAGAGACUUUGGAAAUUUCCUUUCUUCGUGUGGAGAGCUACUCACUUGUAUUGUGUAUGCCUUAGUUCUUAUACACCCUAGAUGCUUGUGUAAUUUAGUGGAUUUACAGUCAUCACUUACCAGUGCAAAUGAAUUUCUCCUUUGCCGUGGCUCCUCCCACUACAGUGUAUCAAGGCCACUACCAUUUUCCGUUAGUCUCUACAGUUACUAUUACUCUUCCUUUGAUGUAAAGAUUGGAAGUGAAGAAGACGUGUAUAUAUCACACGUGUAUAGUCCCCAAAAGUUCUAUUGCCAGCUUUGUAGAAACAGGAAAGAUUUAGAGAUGUUGGAGACAAGAAUCACAGAGAUGAUUAGCCUCAAAAUAUGCUCAAAGUAUGACUGGUACAGAAUGAGACUGUGCAUCUCUAAAUACAUAGAGGAUGGGCUCUCAUACAGAGCCUUGGUGAAGCCAACAGCGUCGUCAUCUGGCCCUUGUGUUUAUUUUGUGGACUAUGGGAAUGAGCAAUUUGUAGAAGAAAACAUGCUAUGGGCCAUUUCCGACCAGUUUCCAGAACUCCUGUUUACACCUAUGCAAGCAAUUCAGUGUUUUCUGUCAGAUCUUCGAGAUACAGAUAUUCCAAGAGAAAUCAAUAGAUGGUUUGAAAACAGUUUUUUAGGGAAGCCCUUAAAAGCAGUAAUACUGUCUAGGGAGUCAGAUGGGCAGCUUGGUAUAGACUUAUAUGAUGGGUAUCAACAUAUAAAUCAGACAAUAAAAUUGCUACUUAAUGUUUAUGGAGAAAAACACUCUGAGCAAGCGUGGUGUGUGGAAAAGAAUCAGAGGUUAAGUCAGGCAUUCGCUGCUCCUGUGAAAGAAAACACAGAAAGCAUUCGUUGCCACAAUGCAAUAAAUAAAACUAGCCUUGCAACACAUUCUGCAAACAAAACAGAUCAAUUGAUACAUCCCCAAAGCAUAUAUGCCAGGCAUUUAAAACCAUCAAUUUGUUAUGAAGUUGAACCCAUGCCAAAAAGCACAGCGGAAAAAUCCUCUAGUUAUGGACUUCAAAGUAAAGAGGUAAGAUUCACUCCCAGGUCUGCACACGUUCUGAAAAAAAUUGACAUUGGCUUCAAAUCACGGGAGACAGUAUCAAAGGUAUUCACCAAAGAUGUCAAUCAAGCAGCGUCCCCAAGACCGUGCAUCCUUCGUAGACCUCCAAUCACAAAGAUCCCUCAGCCUCACAUAGACUUGAGUACCCAGGUUAAAGGGUCUGUACCCACUAGCCACCAUCCAGCCAAUUUUCACAUUCCACUUGCUGGGAAUGGAAAUGAAACCAUAGGACUCACCAAGGUUCUAAAUGAAAGAACAGACGGCCAGAAAAAGCAGAACUCCCUGAGCCCUCUGGUGAGAGAUCAUGUAGAAUACUCUAGUGACCAUGCCGUGUCCAGAGACAUUACUAAGGAAGUAUUGUCUGAAGGGUCCUUUGAAGUGAAAGUUUUUGAUCAUGGUAAUACUGCCAUAGUAAAUGGAUCUAAAGUUUAUUCAAUUAACAGGGAACUCUUAACUACGCCCUGGCUGGGAAUUUAUUCUUUCCUUCAUAGAAUAAGAUGGGAUGGGCCCAUUGAAAUGUGUCAAAGCCAAACUGCAGAUUAUUUUUCCUCGGGAUUAAUUAACAGAAUAGUUUCCUGUGAAUUUUUGAAGACACAUGAUGAGAAGUGGGAAGUAAAUAUAACUUGUGGUGGUAAAUGUGUCAUCAAGAAAUUGCUGAGGUGGUCUCCAUGUCCUAAACUACAGGAGACAGCAUUGCAAAUGCCUCAGGUCAUGUCUCACAAAGUUAGUGCCGGUGAAAAACACUUGAAAACAGGAAGAGAAAAUCAGGAUGAAGAUUCCGUGAUCUUCAAACCACUCUCCCAACAGCUGCUUGAAAUUCCUUUUGAACUGGUAAGACACGGACAGCUUGAAAAAGCCAAACUGACUUACAUUUCAGAGACUGGGGGAUUUCAUGUGAAGUUACCAAAAAAUCAGAAAACAUCAGAUUUAGCAUGAUUAAUUCCUAAAGAAGAUAUUUCCUCUUUUUAAUCAAUGGAUAUUAUUGAAAGAGGGUUAGAAUUCUUGUCAAUAUUUAAAAGAAAUUUAAAAUGGUACCAAUCCAGAGCAGAAGAGCAGUGGGUGAAUGAGAAAGUACUUGUUGUUUUAGUAAAUCAUGGACAGCAUGAAGUAAUGCCUGUAAAUAAUACCAAGGUACUUAGCAGAGAGAUCAGAAAUAUUCCAAGACAAGGUAUGCCUCGUAAAUGGAUUUGGUUUACACAUUCUGAGAAAACAACUCUCGAGUUCCUUGUGUGUUUAUUUGCUCAUCUGGAAAUGAGCAUCAUUUCUCUGAAAUAUUUAAACUAUGCCUGGGAAGCAGAAAUCUUGGUAGAUGGCAUGUUGCUUUGUGGAUCUAUAAAUGUGACUUCGUCUCUGGUGGAAGAAAACGAACUGCAGUCUUUAGGCACUCUUUGCAGUCUGGAGCCCCAGACUCUUCUGUCACUGUGUAUAAUCAGGCCAUUUGUUUGGGCACCUCUUCAAAGUGGUGGGCAGUAUUGUGGUAUUGCCACUGCUGUCAGUGACCCCUCAGACUUCUGUGUGCAGUUAGAGGAUUUCUUUGGUACAAUGAAGUACCUUUUUACCUUGCUUUCCGACAUACCAGAGCCCUUGCAAGCCUUGCCCCCAGAGCACGUGAUUCCUGGUUCCAGCUGCCUGUUCAAACGUGAGUUGGAGGGUCAGUGGAGCAGAGCAGAAAUUUCUGAAGUUUCAAAUCAAUCUUUACAUCUCAUUUUGAUUGACUAUGGACUUUCUGUUCAUAUACCUUACUCAGAAGCAAUCAAUCUUAAAUCUGUUCCUGAGAAAAUUAUGAGUGUGCCAAGGCUGAGCUAUCCAUGUAGCCUGUAUGGCAUCUUACCUGCUACAGAGAAGUUGUGGAACAAUGAAGCUAGGCUGUUUUUUCGAGAUUUUCUAUGCAAAUCAGGCUUAGUGUUUUGGUUUAGGGUGUAUGGUCCUGCAGCAGUAUCGGAAGUAAAUGUCAUUCACAAGAACAAGAGUGUGGUAGAUGUGUUAGUGGCAUCUGGUCUUGCCAUGCAUCCUAAGGCUUCAGCUCGUCCCAACAGAACGACUGCUGCUGGAUCUAAACUACAGAGCCAUCCCAUCUGCCCACUGUUGGACAAACACUGCUACAAAACAGAAAAUAUUAAUUAUAGCACCAUAAAACAAAAGCUACAGAAGAAGAAACCUUCGAAGAGAAGACACGUUUCUAGGCGCCUCUUAAAAAAAGCCGCGUCAGUGAAAAAUUACAUUCUGUAAAUUUAAAAGUGAGAAGAAACGUCAUUGUUGGGAAACUUAACUUCCCAGGUACUACUCUGCUGGAGAUAUGCAUAGCAGCAUCGUCUGGGGGACCACCUAUUCAUUCGGAGAACGACUCAGGCUGCCUU